ACGACUGAGGACCGGAAGGGAGGCGGGGCCGCGGCGGCGCGCGCCCCCGGAACGCGCGCAGCGCAGGCGGCGCGGAUCGCAAGGAACCGGUCCGCGACUGGAACGGGGUCCCGGUUGUGCGUGUGGAACAGGGCUCGGGGGACUCAGCCGCGAUGAACACGGUGCUGUCGCGGGCGAACUCGCUGUUCGCCUUCUCGCUGAGCGUGAUGGCGGCUCUCACCUUCGGCUGCUUCAUCACCACCGCCUUCAAAGACAGGAGCGUCCCGGUGCGGCUGCACGUCUCGCGGAUCAUGCUAAAAAACGUAGAAGACUUCACUGGACCUAGAGAAAGAAGUGAUCUGGGAUUCAUAAACUUUGAUGUCACAGCUGAUCUAGAGAAUAUAUUUGAUUGGAAUGUUAAGCAGUUGUUUCUUUAUUUAUCAGCAGAAUAUUCAACAAAAAAUAACGCGCUGAACCAAGUUGUCCUCUGGGACAAGAUUGUUCUGAGAGGCGAUAACCCGAAGCUGCUGCUGAAAGACAUGAAAACAAAAUAUUUUUUCUUUGAUGAUGGAAAUGGUCUCAAGGGAAACAGGAACGUCACUUUGACCUUGUCUUGGAACGUCGUACCAAAUGCUGGAAUUCUACCUCUUGUGACGGGAUCGGGACACGUCUCUGUUCCAUUUCCAGAUACAUAUGAAAUAAUGAAGAAUUAUUAAAUUAUUCUGAAUUUGAAACAGCAUAUUUUUAUACUUAAUGAAUCGUUCUCAUUUAUGUCCUCCCUUGAAUCUUCAUUUUUUUUUUUUUUGGUUGCUGAUUUUUUUAUAAGAACAUCAAAAGGCAUAUUUGAAGGGGAAGGUUAAUGUGCUACUUCAACAUAAUUUUACAAUCAAAACAAACCAGAAAAGAAGACCACCAGAGCGGAGUACCGUGAGAAUAAGGAAACUACACAGUAGGGUUUAUAAAAAAUUUGUGUUGGAAAUAUUCCCUGCAUGUCCAUGGUUCUUAAUGGACGAGAAAGUGAGCAGGAAGGGUGUAACCUUGUCAGGUGCAGGUGGAAGUCGAAGAACCCUAAGCCAUGUUUUGCAUUUGUGCCAAUUCACACUGACUGUGAUUUAGAACUAGACACUCUUUUAUCUCAUUUAGGGUAUAUCUGAUUACUGGAAACAUUAUUAUGGGUAUUUGUGAGAAGCGUGGCUUACAAAAUAGCCAAAAGUGACAGAAUUUUUUACCAUUUGUCUUAGGAAGGCCCAUGUUGCUUGUUUUUCUUGCAGGUGACUAGCAGUUUUCUCCACAUAAAGACUAAAUACCUCUCUAUAUUGCAGUCAGUCAUUCUAACUCACCCGAAAGUCUCAAGUCACCCAACUGUGUGUGUCUCUUGCUUCCUCUAAAAGCAUUCCUUUGUACAGUAUCUUUGGGCGGUGGCUUAGCACUGCAUUGGAAGUUAAACCGUUUGCAUGUUCCCCCCGAGUGAGGUUUGUGUUUGCAAGCAUGCCUAGCGCCACGGCACGGUAAUUAGUUACCAUUUCUGCAGGUCUACAUUUUAGCAGUAACCGGGUGGUGAAAGUGUGUGUCGGUGCGCUUUUCCACACCGAAGCGCGCUCACGUAUUCGCUGCGCGGCCUCCAGUGAGCAGGUGCGGGGAACGGGGCGAACGUCCGCUCUUCGCGGGCGAGGAGGCUGAAGCCCAAGCCCGGGAGGUGACUGAAGUGCUCGCAGGUGUCCCAGGGAGCAAGGACAGUCGGUGACUUUUUUCUGGAGUGGGCAGAUAACUGUCCUCAAGGCAGCGACCACAAAGCAGUUGCCCUUGAAGCGAGAGCAGAGACUGUCGCUGCACUCCCAGCAGUGACCAGAAAGGGCUG